AUGAAAAUUGUGAUACCGAUUACUAGUGGAUUUAAUGUUGUCGAUGAACAUUUUGAGCCCAAGUAUUUUAUAAAAAACAAGAUGCGUUUUGUUACCCCAUACGUUUACACAUAUAAACUGUAUUCCAAAAAAAGAUGGAUGGGGAGAAAAAUAGUGGAUGUUCUAAACUCAGAAUUUUGUGCCUAUGAUAUAAAUUAUUUUGUUGAGUCAAUAAGAAAAGGAUAUAUAAAAGUAAAUAAUGAAAAUGUAACUAGUGAUUAUAUAAUAAAAAGUAAUGACUUCAUUGAACAUAAAUUACUAUUAUUCGAAAAACCUGUCAUACAUAAUAAAAUUAUAAUACUGUAUGAAGAUGAAAAUUUCAUUUGCGUUUAUAAAUCCUCCAGUAUACCUACGCACCCCGUUGGUUCAUAUCAGUUUAAUUCUCUCCUAAGAAUUAUUCAAAAUUAUAUUAGCAAAAGAUUAUCAUUAAAAAGAGAUUCCUCUGUUUUUGAUAAAUCGGAAUGUAAGUUAGACGAAGACAUAAUAAAAAUAUGUUUUAAUUUUGCAAAAGUAAAUAUUCCAUUUGUUAAUGAUGUCAAUGUGAUGGAAAAAGCAGAACACAUGAAAGAAAUAGAACAAAUAAAGAAACAAAAAAUGAGAGAACAAAAUGUACCGUUCCCUGCUUCAUACAAUGUAAAUUAUAAUGUUGAUGAAAAGGGGACGAGUGAUCACUUACCCAAACUUCAUGCCGCGAAAAAGAGAAAAAAUUGUCAAAUUAAUAUAAUCGAAGAAAAUAAUAUGAACAAGUCAGAUAAUAACAAUAAAUUUGCAAAGUGUUCAGAAGAGAGUGAUAAAAAAUUGGGGAAAUUCCCACUGAUGAAUACAAAGUACACAAAGGGCGAAAAUUGCAAAAAGGACAAAACGAACCAAACGGAACAAACGGGCCAAACGGAACAAACGGAACAAACGAACCAAACGGACCAAACGGAACAAACGGAACAAACGGAACAAACGAACCAAACGGACCAAACGGAACAAACGGAACAAACGGAACAAACGGAACAAACGAACCAAACGGACCAAACGGAACAAACGGAACAAACGGACCAAAAGAGCCAAGUGCAACUUCUAAAUGAGAACCUAUUUUCCCCUACGAGUGAAAUUAAAACUUCUUUACUUGAUGACUUAAGCACCAAAAAGGAUGCGCUAAAUAACGAAAAGCGAAAAAUCAGAAGCAGUAACGAUUGCGGUUGUUAUAUGAGUUAUAAUAGUCUAAUCACUAAAUGCGGCGGUAAUAAUAAUAGGGGUGAUAUGAGUCAAAAUAAUCUAAGCAGUAAACGCAGUGGUAAUCUAGUCAGUGGAGGUAACAAAAUGAACUCCAAAAGUGAGCUGAUAUGCAAUGGGCUAAAUGUUACAGGCAAAAAAGACCAAAAAGAGGAGAGUAAAGAAAAAGACGAUUCAUAUAUAUACACACUACACAGAUUAGACAAACUAACCUCAGGCAUAGUACUGUUUGGAAAGAAUAAAAAAUUUUCUACCUUCUUUUCUCAAAAUAUAUCAAAUAAUAAAAUUAAAAAAUCGUACAUUACAAGAGUGGAUGGCGAUUUUCGAGACCUCAUUAAAAAGCUUCUAAAUGAGAAUAAAAUACUGGCGGGUACCAAUAAUAAUAGUAAUAGUAAACUUUAUAGUGAUAGUAAACUUUAUAGUGAUAGUAAAAUUUAUAGUGAUAGUAAUAAUAACGACUAUUUAAACGAUUUGAUUGAACACUACUGUAGCAAUACUAAGGAGGAUACUCCUCUAAUAUUGAAUGAUGAAAACUCAUUUAAAAAUGACAUAUUUUUAUACGAAAACACAUACAAAAAGGAGGAUUUGACAAUCGAGAAAAACAAUAUGAAUUCACUAAUGAAAAUUGUGAAUGAAAAAAAAAAUUAUUUAAAGGAUGUUUUUGACAUAAGUAAAUUUGUGGAAGAAGGGGUAGCAGAAAAAGAAAAGCUAAUCGGGAAUCCAAAAGGAGAGCAAAAGGAAGAAUUAAAAAAAAAAAAGCCAAAAGGAAAGCUGAAGGAAGGAGAAAAGGAAGAGGAACAAAGUGAUGUGAGUGGUGAAAAAAAUUUUGCAAAUAACCCAGAAAAGAACUAUUACGACGAAUUUGAGGAAUACAGCAAAUACUUUGUUGUUGACUUCGGUUACAUGUACUGUGAAAAUAAAAAACUGUUAAAGUAUGUUUUUACAAAAUAUACAAAAAGUAAUCAUAAAAUUUCUUAUAAUUAUUCUUUAAAACCUAGUGUAACUAAAUUUAUGUUCUUAUCAUAUAAUCCAUCCCUCAAUGAGUCCCUUAUUUUAUGUCAGCCUGUGACAGGAAGAACUCACCAAAUAAGGGCUCAUCUGAAUUAUUUAUCUUUUCCUAUAUCGAAUGAUCCAAAUUAUAACAAAAAAUUUGGAGAAGAAUAUAUGAGCAAAUCGAAGUGCUUACACUUUGACCAAAAGAUAGAAAAAGAGAGCGGAAUGAUUCGUCAAGACAGAGAAAUGAAUCAUCAAGAUAGCGAAGUGAGUGAUCAGAAUGGUAAGGAAAAUAUGAAUAUCCAAAAGAACAUGGAGUCCGAAAAAUAUUCUUAUUUUCCACUCAUUCCCUUUUUAAAUACAUCCUUUAAUUGGCUAUAUGAUGAAAAUAUAAAUUUAAAUGAUUCAUAUACUGAAGAAAAUUUGCAUAAUUACUUCUUUAAAAAUAUUGAUAAUAUUACUUAUCAUAGUUCAGGAAUAUUUUUACAUUCUUUCAGAUACACAUGGGAAAAAAUCUUUGACGUUUUUACUCUUCUCCCUAGGUGGUGCUACUUAUUUUAUAUUUCAAAAAAUGUUUUAACCUUUUUGUUCUACAGCUCUUUAUCAUGA